UCGUCUUGCGCGCCAGAAUCGGAUACAGACGGUCAAGAUGGCUUCUCCCUCGUUGAAAGAGAAGCUGGACAGGAUCCGGUCUCCAAAUCUGCAAAGCCAGAAGCAGACCGCCACUGUCCUCGAGGGCAUCGAGUCCGCCUUUAAGGAACGCAACACCGAGCCCACCCCGACUGCCUACUUUGCGGCCCUGCUCAGCCUUCUCGACAACAAGACUCUUGCCCAGCCUGUUGUUUACCUCCUCGACAUUGUUACUCCGUUCGCUCCGGAACCUCUCCUCCGGGCCAAGUUCACACAGAUCCUCACCCUCCUGGCGCCGGUAUUGUCAACACCAGACGCCGAUGCGCCGCUGAUCAGGUCUUCAAUUGGCUGCUUGGAAGGCCUGUUGCUGGCCCAGGAUGCGGCGGCAUGGGAGCAGAGCGCGGCCGUCGUCGGUCCCCGGCGAGCUGUGGGCGGCCUGUUGAACUUCUCACUGGAUCCCCGACCGAAAGUGCGAAAGAGGGCGCAGGAAGCGCUACGGAAGAUAUUGAAGAACCCCCCGCCCAGCCCGUCUCUCGACCACCCGGCCGCCGCCAUGUGCGCCGAGACCGCCAUGAUGAGCCUCGCCGCUCUUGCCGAGAAAGCUGCCCAGUUGAGGAAGGAGAAGAAGGGUUCCGAGGCCGUGCACGAUCCGGAGCUGAUCCACGCGCUUCAGCUGGUCAAGACGGUUGCAUCGGCUAGCGGAGGAUGGCCGAGCAAGAAGAUUGAGUCGCUGUGCGAGCUCCUCCUUAGGAUUGCCCGGUCCGGCAACGAGCACAUGAGCAUGGCUGUGUUCGACAUCUUCGAGAUGAUUUUUGAAGGAAUGGCAAACGAUGUCGCGUCGGCCAAGUUGCCGAGGUUGCUUGAGAUUAUCAAGGAGCUACGACCUGCACCGAACGACACCCAGCUACUGCCGCCGUGGAUUGCCAUUCUUUCGAGGGCCUACGACGUGGCAGCGCAGAUCUCGGCCGAGGAAACCUUCCAAGAGUUGCUGGAACCCUUCAACAUGGUGGCUGGCUAUCUCGAAUCGGAGGCAAAGAACAUCCGAAUAUCUGCUUCCGAGUGUCUGGUGUCGUUCAUGGCGAACUGUGUCCCAAAACAGGUGCUGGUUGACCCCUCAAUAUACGACGAGAAGGUUAUUCAGCAGCUCGUGAACACGGCCGAAGGCCUUCUCACAGUGAAGUAUCAAGCGGCCUGGCUCGAAACCUUCAACGUCAUUGGCGCCAUGUUCGAUGCACUGCGGUGGAGGGCGGCCCCCCAUCUCCUCCCAAUCACGAAGAGCAUCGGCGAGAUGCGUGGCAAUGACACUUUUACCGGCAAGCAGGAAGCCGAUGAGGUGCUUGGGAAGGCCAUCCGUGCUAUGGGUCCUGAGGCUGUCCUGAGCGUCCUGCCCCUGAAUCUUGCCAAGCCAGCCAAAGGCCAACCGGGCAGGGCCUGGAUGCUGCCGCUUCUCCGCGACUACACAUCAAAUACCAACCUUGCCCACUUCAAGGCCGAAUUCGUGCCGCUGAGUGCGGUCAUGUUCCAGCGCGUACUGGACCAUGGCGCUGUUGCUAAGACAGUGGAGGUCAAGAUUUUCGAGACUGUGGUGCAACAGAUCUGGUCGAUCCUCCCAGGAUACUGCGAUCUGCCAUUGGAUUUCGCCGAGGCUUUCGACAAGGAGUUUGCCGAGAUGCUGACAAACUUGCUGUAUGAGCAAGUGGAGUUGCGCCUGGAUGUCUGCCGCGCCCUCAGGGCGCUCGUGGAGUCGAACCAGGCCGUUGCCUCCGCCCCUGACGAUGAAGAUCCAGUUGUGCAAUGCAGGGUAACCCGGCAGACGGCGAAGAGGAACCUCGAGUACCUCGGGGCCACGUUUGCCGCUGAUUUCCUUGCGGUGCUCUUUAACGUCUACAGCACGACCUUGCCUCAGAAACGGGGCCCAGUGUUGCAAACCAUCAACUCCUACCUGAGCAUCAUCCCCCCAGCCCGGCUCAUGGAGACGUUCGACCUGGUCUGCGAGAAGCUUGCUGCAGCUCUUCCAGAACCGGUCGAGAAGCCCAAGAACCAGCAAAGUGGCGAGCAGGUGCCUUCGACUGCGCACACCCUUAUGGACCUUGUCGUCACCAUGUCCAUCUACCUGCCCAGAGAAAGCUUUGAAGCCCUCUUCAAGAUCGCGUCUCUCGUCGUAUUCAAGGAUGAUGACCCGCAGCUGCAAAAGAAGGCAUACAAGCUGAUUCCGCGGUUGGCUGACUCGGAGAUUGGCAAGGCCGCCCUUGAGCAGAGGCAAUCAGAGCUCCAGGCGCUCAUUCUGUCGAGCGCUGAGAAGGUCUCUGCGCCUGCCAGGAGAGAGCGUCUUUCUGCUAUUACCGCACUGAUUCCCUACAUUCCCUACACAUCGCUUCACUUCAUCCCUUCCAUUCUCUCCGAGGUCGUCAUCAGCUGCAAAGAGAACAAUGAGAAGGCUCGCACAACGGCUUUCGACCUGCUCGUGCUCAUGGGCCACAAGAUGGUGGCUGCGGAUGGGGCGCUUAUCGACAACACUAAGGUCCCGCACAUGCCCAAGGAUGCGCCGGCGGCCAAGGCUUCGAUCGAGGAGUACUUCACCAUGGUCAGCGCCGGUCUUGCUGGCAGUACGCCUCACAUGAUUUCGGCCUCCAUCACAGCCAUCACCCGUGUCCUGUAUGAGUUCCGGGAGAUGCUGAACAAGGAAAUCAUGUCGGACCUGGUGCAGACCAUGGACCUCUUCCUGACCUCCAACAACCGCGAGAUCGUCAAGAGCGUCCUGGGCUUCGUCAAGGUCUGCGUCAUCAGCCUGCCCGUCGACCUCAUGCUCCCGCGCCUCGCGACGCUGAUCCCCAACGUCAUGGUCUGGAGCCACGAGCAUAAGGGUCACUUCCGUGCCAAGGUCAAGCACAUCCUUGAGCGCAUGGUGCGCCGCUUCGGCGUCGACGUUGUCAACAAGCAUUGCCCCGAGGCCGACCGCAAGUUGAUCACCAACAUCCGCAAGACCAAGGAGCGCAGCAAGCGCAAGAAGGAAGCCGCCCGGGACGGGGGCGGUGCCGGGGCCGACGGAUCCGACGCCGAAGGCGGCCGGCGCAAGAGCCGCUUCGAGAGCGAGUAUGACCAGACGCUGUAUAGCAGCGACAACGAAGGAUCGGAGGCUUCGCACUCGGACGACUCAGACGUCGAGAUGACGGGCCGCCGGCAGAAGCGCCGUGGGGCGGCGGCGCAGAAGGCAGGGAACGCGUAUAUCCUGGAGGAUGAGGACGAGCCGCUCGACCUGCUCGACCGCAACGCUCUGGCGAAUAUCUCGACUACGAAGCCCAGCAAGCCGAAGAAGACCCUCGGCAGGAAGACCAAGGCUAGGACGGAUGCGGAUGGUAAGCUUAUUUUGGGUGGGGAGGAGGACCAGGGCAAUGAUGGGGGGGCGAUGGAUCUCGAUGCGCCUGCUGCGGGUGUUGGGGAGGAGGAGAGUGGUGUCGGGGCGUAUGUUGCCGCGCUCCGGGGUAAGGAUAUCCCGCGCCGGGGCCUGCGCGGUAAGCUCAAGUGGAACCGGGGCAGGAAGAAUGCGGAUGAUGAUGAUGGAGAGAGUGAAGAUGGGAUGGAGGUUGACGAGGGCGCUGCGGCCAAGGCGUUUAGGGAAAAGAGGGCUGAUGACCGCAAGAGAAGCGGUAGUGAUGCCAGGGGAAGAGGAGGUGGAGAUGGUGGGUUUGGAAGGGGGAGAGGUGGUGGUAGGGGUGGGAAGGGGGGGAUUGCUGCUGCUUCUGGGAGGAGGGAACUGGGACAGGAGAAGAGGAGGGGACCUGCUACGCAUGGGAGUCGGGUUAGCAAGGGCGGGAGCCGGAGGUGAUGAGUUGGGCCGCUGGGUGAUGGGAGUUUUGAUUUGUUUUGAUUGUGCUGUCUUUGGUCUUUAGGUGGCUAAAACGGUUCACGUAAAUGAUCCGAUCUUGGAAUUGUUGAAGGUCAUCAUUCCGCGCGCUUGGUUCGACCGGACGAUGAGGCGGGACUGUGAUGACGGAACCCUCGACCAUCACAAGCCCGAGUUCAAGCCGAGUUCAAGGAAGCAAUGGGGAGCAGCUGGUGGUACACCGGGUGAUUGGAGCUUAAACAAGGCAACCUGCUGCUAUCGGCAUGUCCCACGACAAGGGAUCCAUUUACACUGUCUUUUUAAAGUGUUUGAUAUGCGCUGGAGAGGAUUAUAACACGUUACAGAUCAACAAAAGGUGAACAUCAAAGUUUGCAAUAUCCAGCAGCCGU